AUGAAUUCAGUAUUUGAAUUAAAAAAUAUUGGUCAUUCCUUGUUUGAAUUGGCGCUCAUUUUACAUGAACCUAGAAAAGCUUCAGCUCGUGCGAUUGGUAGAACCAAAUUAGCAGUAUUAGAUGUAUCAAGUUUUGAACGACUUAUGGGUCCAUGUGUAGAAAUUAUGCAACGUGAACUUGGUCAUUAUCGUAAUCAAUUAUUAGAAAGCUUGGGACCUGAUGAAAUAAGUAAAAUUCCUUCAUUGGCUAAAUUUGUAGAAUCUGAAAAAUAA